AUGAACGGUUCCCCUCAAUUGCUGCAAGCCGCGCGCUUCACAAGGUCCAAUCAGAAAGCAAUGUGCGUUGCCCGUCACACCUCGUCACUUUCAACGAACUCAUUUCCCAGGUUCUGUUGCUUUCUCCUGUCGGUGGUGGGUAUCAAUAGUCUCUCGUUUUUUCUUCUUUUUCAGCUUCAGCCUGUUGACAUUAUUAUUAUUGUUCAAGCCAGUCUUGCCGUGUCUCUGCUGAUCCCGCAAUUCCAGCUUCUCCUGUUUCAGAGUAAAUCCAGACCCUCCCGGACAUUGGCGGGGCGCUUGACCCAGACGACGGCCUGA